AUGGAGCUUGACGAAGAUGAACACCGCCGCAAAACAAAUGAACCAGCACUCGAAGAGCGUGAAUUCGCAAAGUCCACUCAGAUCAGUUACCGGUUCUCGUAUGAUGAACUAUUUGAUAUCUACAUUGAGAACUCGAAAUCGAUCAUCUCGGGUGGCACACCCGAAGAAGCUCAUUCAGCCAUAGACACACUCUACACCACACUCGAAUCUGGCUUGCGACUCGCCUCUCCCUUCAUGCCCUUCCUGGCUGAAGAGCUUUGGCAGCGGCUACCAUGCAGACCAUGCGAUGACACACCCUCGAUCACGAUUGCUGAGUAUCCAGAGUAUGAAGAGUCCUUUCACGACCCGAAAUCCGAGAUGGCCUAUGAGCUUGUACUGGGCUGCUCGAAAGGUUUCCAUUCCCUUUUGGCGGACUAUGCCGUCAAGGAUAAAGGCGUGGUUUACAUCUCACUCAGUGGCAAAACACCAGUGGAUAUCAGCAUUCUGGCGGUUGGAAACGUCAGCCCUACCGGUUGUGCGGUAUUCCCUGUUUCCGCCGAGGCAAAUGUCUAUCUUGAAGUCAAGAAUCGAUCAGACGACAUCGACUCGCUCAGGGCAGAGCUGAGUAAAGUACAGGACAAGGAUGUCGCCGAGGCCAUGCAAUCAGCCGAGCGCCGGAAGAUGGAUGUCGAGGCCAGAUUGCGGGCAUUGGAAGAGACCGUCACGAUGUUUGAGAAGAUGAUGGUUUAG